CGGGAGCGAGCGGCGGGUCUUGCCGUGAGGGGACUGAAGAGCUGAGCCAGCGGCUGCGCCUCCUGCCUUUCCCUCUGCGCCCUUCUCUCCCGAGCUGCAGCGCCGGAGCCCGUCUGCGAGCGGAGCCACCAUGAUCGGCCAGAAGACGCUGCUCUCGUUCUUCUCGGCGGCGCAGGCCAAGAAGCGGAGCCGCUCCCCGGAACCAGUCGGGGCCGGUGAGGCAGGCUCUCUUAAGAGGUCGAAGGCUGACGCUCCGUCCCCGCAGUCCUCGCCUCUCAGCCAGGAGCAGCUGGAGCGGAUCCGCAGGAACAAAGAGGCGGCCUUGCAGAGACUCGCUUCCCGCAUCAGCAGCCUCGCUCCUCAAGAGAUCGCGCAGGACUGGAGGGUCGCUCUCGCCGGGGAGUUCGCCAAGCCGUAUUUCGCCCAGCUAAUGGACUUUGUUGCUGCAGAGCGCAAGCGCUACACAGUGUAUCCAGCUGUGCAUCAAGUCUUCACCUGGACUCAGAUGUGCAGUAUCCGUGAUGUAAAAGCUGUCAUCUUGGGCCAAGACCCAUAUCAUGGACCCAACCAAGCACACGGACUCUGUUUCAGUGUCCAGAGACCAGUUCCACCUCCACCCAGCCUAGAGAACAUCUACAAAGAACUGGCUGAAGACAUAGAAGGCUUUUCUCAUCCUGGCCAUGGAGACUUGACUGGGUGGGCUAAACAAGGAGUACUGCUUCUCAAUGCUGUUCUUACAGUCCGAGCACACCAAGCCAAUUCCCACAAAGAGAAGGGCUGGGAGCAGUUCACAGACGCAGUGGUCUCCUGGCUAAACAGCAACUUGGAUGGUGUGGUCUUCAUGCUUUGGGGGGCCUAUGCUCAGAGGAAAGGCAGCUCUAUUGACAGGAAACGGCACCACGUCCUACAGACAGCUCACCCUUCACCCCUGUCAGUGUACAGGGGUUUCUUUGGCUGUAAGCAUUUCUCUAAAACAAAUGAAUUGCUGAAAAAGUCUGGGAAGAAGCCCAUUGAUUGGAGCACCCUAUGACUGGUUGGCAGCAGCCUCAAGACCACAGAAUUUGAAACCAACUGUGUUUGAUUCUUAGAGUGCAGUCACUACUUGGGAACAAUUCUUUGGAUUUGUUUUAAUUGAAUGUGCCAGAUCAAAGAGUCUACUCCAAAGCUCUUAUUUAGGAGUAGCUUUGAAAUUAAUGGAAUUAAUCCUGAAAAUGUGUUUUUCACAUUCUUGGUGAAUUUUGGGACAAAAAUAGAUUGGCUAAGAUGUGAGCCUUUUUUAUGUUCCCUCUGGCUGGUGCCAAGGAAGACAUUCCAUUCUGUUUCAAUGGUGCCUCGCAAGACAUAAGUAAUUCGUUCUGCGAGUCGCUUCGUCUUGCCGUAAUUUCAUAUUGCGAAGUGCAGUUUGCCGUGGCAAAAAAAACCCCCAAAAAAAUCCGCUGAAAAACUUCGUCUUGCGAGGCGCCGAAAACAUCGCAAAACGCUUUCGUCUUGCGAGGUGCCACUGUAUUUGCUAUUGUAAGAUGGGCUUGUUGGUUUUUACUCCCCAUCUUGUACAUCUCAUGUUGAGGGAAAUGAAAGCACCUUUUCAUAUAUUUUUUUACACCAAAGAAGCUACUUUUUAAUUUUUGGCCCACUCAGUGAAGUAUCCAUUCAGCAAACUGUUUAUGAUGGACAAAUCAAUAUCUUAUUUAGUCUUCUAAGCUUGCCCUUUUAUCGGUUGUCAAUUAAAAGUUGCAUCAGUUGCUGUGAACUGUGACCCUGUUUUCACACUGUUUUCUCAGGUCUGCAGGAAUUAGAUCAGCUAUGGCAAAGUCAAAGGAUUCCAGUUGCUUUUUUCUUAUUGGGAUAGGGAAAGGAUGGAGCCAGAUGUUGGAAAGCAUUGCCUGACCUAUAGGAGAAGUGGGGUUUCCAGUGCUAAUGAUGGUUGUGUUAAGGAAAACAUCACACAUGAAAAUCUUAUUCAGCCACAGUUGGCAGCUAAACUUCAGUUGCAGGUAUUGGGCUUGUAGGAGCCAUCAUUUUCAACUUCUAUAAAUUAUAAGGAAGUCUGGCAUACCCUUUUUAUGUGCAAAUUGCAUGAUAAGAUAUUCUGUUCUGGUAUGUUUUAAAUACCAAAUUAUGACUUGUGGGGUUUUUUUUUACUCUUUGUACCACUAGCUGAUAACAAUGUUACAAUUUUUUUUUACAGUCACGUAUAUUUGUUAUAAAAAUAAACAUUUUUUGAUAUUUGUU